GCCGCGCCGCGCGCCGGAAGCCCCGCAAGCGGCGAAGAUGGCGGAAAGCAGCGGUCGCGCCGGCAAGAGCAGCGGGAGCGGCGCGGGGAAAGGGGCGGUGUCGGCCGAGCAGGUAAUUGCUGGCUUCAACCGCCUUCGGCAGGAGCAGCGGGGCCUGGCGUCCAAGGCGGCUGAGCUGGAGAUGGAGCUGAAUGAGCACAGCCUGGUGAUAGACACCCUGAAGGAGGUAGAUGAAACCCGCAGGUGCUUCCGCAUGGUUGGAGGGGUGCUGGUGGAGCGCACUGUCAAAGAGGUGCUGCCUGCCCUGGAGAGCAACAAGGAGCAGAUACAGAAGAUCAUCGAGACCUUGACCCAGCAGCUUCAGGCAAAGGGAAAAGAACUAAAUGAAUUCCGGGAAAAGCACAACAUCCGUCUCAUGGGGGAGGAGGAGAAGCCGGCCCAGGGGAGCGCGGAUGGGGCCGCGGCCAAGGCUGGCUCCGCAGGGGUGCUGGUGUCCUAGGCACCGAGGCCUUGGCGUCUUUUUCUGCCCGGACUCCGCCUUCUUUCAAUUUCUCUCUAUUAUUAUUUCCUCUGCUAUUGUAAUAUUUUUUUUUUUUUGUUAAUUAAAUGUUUUGGUCAGAA